CAAUCACCUCAUGCGUAUAUCAUCAUACUUGUUAACAUUGAUAAAAAGAAUUAUAAUCAUAAGAUUUUGGGAUUAUAUAUAUUGAGCACUAAAAAGAAGCAUCGAGUAAAAUAAAUGUAUUUGUGGAGAAAUGGAGCCAGAUCUUUAAAGUUAGUGGGGGGAGGAAACAUGCAUCCACUCAACUCUCAGUUGGCAAACCGUUCUUCACACGUGCUGCUGUUGUUUCAAUUCUCCAAAGCCUUUUCUAAUGGCUGAAAAGAAGGAAACUUUGGAUUUAUAAAUAAAACACAGAAGUCACAACUCAAGAUUAACUACUAAAAUCACAAUGGCUUCUUCCUCAAAUCUCUUCCUCUUCUUCCUCAUCUCCAUUGUAUCCAUCAUCUCUCUCUCCUCAGCAGGUGGAACCCAGCUUAUAUUAGUGAACAACUGUAAGGAAAGCAUAUGGCCUGGACUGCUUGGCAAUGCCGGCCAUCAGACUCCUGCUGAAGGUGGUUUUCUUCUCUGCAGCGGUGAGCAGAUAGUCCUGGAGGUUCCUGAGCAAUGGUCAGGCAGGAUCUGGCCUAGACAAGGCUGCUGUUUCAACGAAAAGACUGGGAAAGGCUCGUGCCAGACAGGAGACUGUGCUGGCCUUUUAAAGUGUCAAGGUACAGGAGGCAAACCGCCAGCAACACUAGUUGAGAUGACACUUGGGACAUCAAAAUCCCCCAUUCAUUUCUACGAUGUCAGCCUGGUUGAUGGGUUCAAUAUCCCCGUGUCUAUGGCGCCUGUAGGUGGCGGAGUUGGCUGCGGAGUGGCUGCCUGUGAAGCUGAUUUGAAUGUUUGCUGCCCGGCUGCUCUGGCAGUGAAAAGAGAAGGGAAAGUUGUCGGGUGUAAAAGUGCUUGUCUGGCUGCUAGAACAGAUCGGUAUUGUUGCACAGGGGAGUUUGCUAAUCCUAAAAGCUGUAAGCCUUCUGUGUUUGCUCGUCUGUUUAAGGCCAUAUGUCCUAAAGCUUAUAGUUAUGCUUAUGAUGAUUCUAGUAGCCUCCAUACUUGUAGGGCACCCCGCUAUGUCAUUACAUUUUGCCCUCCAACUUAAGGAAAUUAUAUUAAUCUCUAUAGAUUAGCUAGAACAUUGAUGUUUACUAGAUUAUAUGUUCUUAUUCUGUAAUGGGUGGGUCAAUUGUAAGUUUCCGGAUCAAUUUCAGUAAUAUUGUCUGUGAGCAAAGUAUGUUGUACUCAGUUAAGCUCUAUGUUUGACAAUGGUUCAUUACUUACAA